GUCCUGUAUCGUUGUCGGUUUUCCUUACUUUGAUCACUGUAUCGUGGACAUGUAAAGUCAUGUCCUUGUUUUUAGGAACUUCACACUAUUUAGGGAUAAAGGGAUAUUAUAUCUGCAACUUACUCCCAAAGAGUACAGAAAAUUAUAUAUAUGUAUAUAUAUAUAUAAUAUAUGCAUUAUACCUGUGAGUGUACCACUUUCAAAGAAUCUUCAGUCACACAGAAGAAGGCAUACUUGUCCUGUGAAUACUGUUGCAGCAAUCCUUAUGAUACUGUCUUUGGCUAUUUAGGAAGAGGAAAAUAUAAAUAAACCUACCCUUUAUCUCCUUUAGUUUGAAGUCAUUUAAUCUCCCCAAUAACUAGAAGUAAAAAUAACAAUAUACACCAAGAGACAGGAUUUGGUUUCUUUGCUUUUAAAGAAGUAUCUCAAGUAAACCUGGCUGGCUCAGUCAGUAGACCGUGAGUCUUGAUCUCAGGGUUGUGAGUUUGGGGUUGAAUGUUGAGAUUACUUAAAAAUAAAGUCUUGGGGUGCCUGGGUGGCUCAGUCAGUUAAGCGUCUGCCUGUGGCUCAGGUUAUGAUCCCAGGGUCCUGGGUUCCAGCCCCGCAUUGGGCUCCCUGCUUGGCAGGAAGCCUGGUUCUCCCUCUCCCACCCCCCCUGCUUCUGUUCCUCUCUCACUGCCUCUUUCUCUGUCAAAUAAAUAAAUAAAAUCUUAAAAAAAUAUAUUUCAGGGGCGCCUGGGUGGCUCAGUCGUUAAGUGUCUGCCUUCAGCUCAGGUCAUGACCUCAGGUUCCUGGGAUCGAGCCCCGCAUCGGGCUCCCUGCUCAGCGGGGAGCCUGCUUCUCCCUCUCCCUCUGCCUCUCCCCCUGCUUGUGCUCUCUCUGUCAAAUAAAUAAAGUCUUUAAAAAAAUGAAAAUAAAUAUUUCAGAAUUAGCAUGUAUGUUUUUUACCUACCCCAUACUUUGUUUCCUGCUUCCCCAGUGGAUCAAUUUCUCCCUUGUGUGUCCUUGUCUGGGUCGUGGACACGUUGGCCCUUAGAAGCCUGAAGGCAGUACUUGUUUAGGAAUACUCUCCCCUCUGACUAGAUAUUAUGGACUCUCUCUCCCGAAAGAAAGCUGUGAAAGAGCAUAUUGCACUGAGCAGCAAGAAAGCUAGAAAUUUCUGGACAUUCAACUUGGCUAGUUAUAUUCACCUAUUUUCUACCUCCUGGCUUGGUUAACCAAGAAAAAAAAAAUCCUUAAGACAAAGUUCUCAGGCAUUUUCUGACCAAGUUUGAUUUUGAGAACAUGUCCUCCUUUUCCUCUUCUAUAAAGAUAGAGAGUGAGGGAAUAUGGCUAAGAGAGGUGGGCCUUGCCUUCCCCCGACCUGACUGAACUUUAAAACUUCUCUACUAAUUAAACAACACUGGGCUCUACACUUUGCUUAACCCUGGAAGCUGGUCAUCAGCCUUUGACCUCAGUCUUCCCCUCGUCACCAGCUCCCUCCCCCACUUUAGCUUUUGGAACCUUAGUCAGAUUCAGAGGAAAGAACCAGUUUUCAGAGCGACUGCCUCAGAACACAGUAUCUCCACUCUCUGCCCGGCCCUGUGGAAGAUUAGCAACCAUGUUUUCCAGUGGGAUAGGAACUGUAGCUGCUGGGAAAAGGAGGGCAUGUCUUCUGUCCUUGCUGCUCAUUGGCCUCUGGGGCUGUGUGACCUGUCGCUGGAACCCCGUGGAGGACAUCUGCACAGCCAAGCCUCGGGACAUUCCGGUGAAUCCCAUGUGCAUUUACCGGUCUGCAGAGAAGAAGGCAGUCGAGGAUGAGGGCGAGGAGCAGAAGAUCCCCGAGGCCACCAACCGGCGAGUCUGGGAACUGUCCAGAGCCAAUACGCGCUUCGCCACCGCCUUCUAUCAGCACCUGGCGGACUCCAAGAAUGACAACGAUAAUAUUUUCCUAUCGCCCCUGAGUAUCUCCACAGCUUUUGCUAUGACCAAGCUGGGGGCCUGUGACAACACCCUCAAGCAGCUGAUGGAGGUUUUUAAGUUUAAUACCAUCUCCGAGAAGACGUCUGAUCAGGUGCACUUUUUCUUUGCCAAACUGAACUGCCGACUCUAUCGAAAAGCCAACAAGUCCUCUGAGUUGGUAUCAGCCAACCGCCUUUUUGGAGACAAAUCCCUUACCUUCAAUGAGACCUAUCAGGACAUCAGUGAGGUGGUGUACGGAGCCAAGCUCCAGCCCCUGGACUUCAAGGAAAAUGCAGAGCAGUCCAGAAUGUUCAUCAACAAAUGGGUAUCCAAUAAGACCGAAGGGCGUAUCACUGAUGUCGUGCCACAGGAUGCCAUCGACGAGCUCACGGUCCUGGUGCUGGUCAACACCAUUUACUUCAAGGGCCUGUGGAAGUCAAAGUUCAGUCUUGAGAACACAAGGAAGGAACUGUUCUACAAGGCUGAUGGGGAGUCGUGUUUGGCGUCCAUGAUGUACCAGGAAGGCAAGUUCCGCUAUCGGCGAGUGGCCGAAGGCACCCAGGUGCUCGAGCUGCCCUUCAAGGGUGAUGACAUCACCAUGGUGCUCAUCCUGCCCAAGCCUGAGAAAAGCCUGGCCAAGGUGGAGCAGGAGCUCACCCCAGAGAUGCUGCAGGAAUGGCUGGAUGAGAUGGCAGAGACCCUGCUGGUGGUCCACAUGCCCCGCUUCCGCAUCGAGGACAGCUUCAGUGUGAAGGAGCAGCUGCAAGACAUGGGCCUUGUGGACCUGUUCAACCCUGAGAAGUCCAGGCUCCCAGGUAUUAUCGCAGAGGGCCGGAGCGACCUCUAUGUCUCACAGGCAUUCCAUAAGGCCUUUCUUGAGGUCAACGAGGAGGGCAGCGAAGCUGCAGCAAGUACUGUCGUCAGCAUCGCCGGCCGUUCGCUGAACUCCAGCAGGGUGACCUUCAAGGCCAACAGGCCCUUCCUCGUUCUCAUAAGGGAGGUUGCUCUGAACACUAUCAUCUUCAUGGGCAGAGUGGCCAACGCUUGUGAUCACUGAAGUGUUCUUUAUUUUUUGUACCUCUUCCUAUUUUGGUUUGUGACAGAAGUAAAAAUAAACACAACUACUCCCAGUUAUGAA